GUCACCAUUCUUCUCUAUCUCAGUGCCAGAACCUGGGCAAGCUGACCACUGUGCAGAUGGGUCAUGAUAAUUCUGGGCUCUACGCAAAGUGGCUGGUGGAGUCUGUCAUGGUCCGCAAUGAGAUCACAGGACACACUUACAAGUUUCCAUGUGGCCGGUGGUUGGGGAAGGGUGUGGAUGACGGCAGUCUGGAGAGGAUCCUGGUGGGAGAGCUGAUGACCCCCAGCACAGAGAACGAUGAAAGGAUGUGCCGCACUCCCCCCAUGCAACAAUCACCCGGGAUGAUGAGGAGGUUUGUCACCAUCUCGCCAAACAGCAAACCAAAGUUAAACAGGUCAGAUCCAGGAGGGAGUCGGAGAGGCCAUCAAUGGGAUUGUGAAGCACUUCCACAAACCGGAGAAGGAGAGAGGCAGUUUGACUCUUCUCCUCUGUGGGGAGUAUGGCCUCGUCUGGGCCCUGGAGCAAGUUUUCCAGCACGGUUUCAAAUCACCCAGACUGUUUAAGAAUGUCUUCAUCUGGGAUUUCUUGGAAAAGUCACAAGUGUACUUUGAAGGUGCAGAGCAGCGAGAGGUUAUUCCGGAUGAAAACUGGCAAACCAGAGUUCGCCAUUUCUGCCGCUUUAUGCGCGCCAUCAACAACACGUCGAGAAACAUUGGCAAGGACGGAAAGUUCCAGAUGCUCGUCUGUCUGGGUGCGAGGGACCAUUUACUGCAUCACUGGAUUGCUCUGCUCGCAGAUUGUCCAGUCACCACUCAGAUGUACGAGGACACUGCACUGAUUAAGGACCGCUCAUUGGUAAACUCUCUGAUCAGAGUAUUACAAACUCUACAGGAGUUCAACAUCACCCUGGAGGCUUCGCUUGUCAAAGGAGUUGGUAUCUAAACCCAACCAAGGAACAUCACCGGGAACCACUAAAGAGAAUAAUUGAACCUUUAUAUGCAGGAACCCACUUGAGCAAAGGACAUUUUCUGGCUUAUAUUAAAGCUACUGUUACAUUUGCCAUAUAUAUUAAGUGCAAUGAGCCUUUCAAGAUAUGUUAUUUUUUUCCUCGACAAUGUUGCCAUUAGAUGUUAAAAUUAUGUUUUAAAAACGUUUUCUAUUAUGACCCAUGAUUUUCACAUUAUUGACGAUGACCUACUCGUGCUAUGUUUUAUUGACAGCUAAAUAUUUUCAUUGUUAUCGUGCUGACUGCUGACAAUGGCUAUAUUUAAGGGAAAGUGAGGAUCAAAACUGUUAAUAUAUAUUUUCAGAGAAAAACAGUAUUAUUUUGUUAAAUCAGUCAAGUUGCUUGCUCUGUUGUCAACUCAGAUUCCAAUGUCAUUACGCAGAGCUUGAAGCAAAUUUUUGCAGAAGUAUGCUUUAUAAGUAUCUGUAUGACAGGUAGUUUGUAGUGUGAAGAUGAAUCACAUACAGAUGAAUAAAAAGGCUGUUACAUUUGGCCAAUUCCCUGAAAAAUGUACCAGUUUGCAGAUCUUGUAGAUUUAACACCUAAAAAUUACCCUUUUUGCAUGAUUUUGACUGUGUGGCUUAAGCCUGUUGGACAGUUUAUCCAGUUGGAUAAGGGAGAAUACCCCAAGUCCUCCAGAAGAUGCUUUACCUGGCUUUCUGUGCAAAGUGGAUCAAAUUGACAGCCUUCAUGUAAAUACCUCCAACCAACUGUUUCUGCCUACCAUCAUCCCAGCCCUAACACUACAUCUGCCCUGUUCUCUGAACAAAGACGAGUGGUCGCGUCGAUCCUCAUACAGAAUGGUCUGCUUGGUUUCCCAUAUGAGGACAGCUCAUCCCCCUAUCCUGAUUUUCUCAUCAUGGUUUCUUGCUAUGCAAUAUUCACAAGUUUCAACCCUCUACAAACUACAUAGGGGUGUCUUGGAUGUUACCAGGCCCUCCUCUGUUACAUGCAUUGAACUUUACUGUGCAGAACAAGAGAUCAAAUAUGUGAAGGACUUCUUUUCUGUGCCAACAACGUCUGGAAUGACUGUGUUGUACUCGUCUGUGUACGACCCACACAUGAGCAUCUUGGGAGAUAUAUAUUUUUGUUUUCCAAUACUGUUGUACAUUUAUUGACAUAGCUGUGUAACGUAGUGUUUACUAAGUGAGCAACACUGUACAGUGUAAAAAAAUAUUAAGAAUAAAGCAUCUGUAAUGGGUUGGAGUGAA